UUGGCACUUAUCUAUCAAUCUCAUAUUAGUAAUACUAUUACAAGAUCUAAUAGCCAUUUUCCUUAUACACUUUUACAAAACACUACAAUACUGGCUCAAAAUCAUUUAUGAAAUGAAAAACAAGCCAGAGUGCAAGACAAUUUAAAGUAUGUAGAGCUUUCCCAUUCAAAUGAAUUACUGUCUUCCCAUUGAUAACCGGGGCGGAAUGUUCUGUCGGACAGAAUGAAACAAGCCUAAGACCACCCAGUUGACUGCAGCUGUAGCGAGAGAUGGAGGGAAGUUUUCAAGACGGCGUUCCGACGCCAUUGUGACGUCAGGACAGCUCCUCUUUUUUUCACCGCCGAUCGACCGCUACAAAUAAAAUAUCAAUGGGAUCAUUUGAUACUUUGUAGCUACGUUCAACUUAACUUCAAGCGUCCCGUUUCGGAACGCGUCUUCUUCCAUGCGAACGUGAGAAGGAUCUCCAACAUAUUGCAGAAGGUGAGAAAGUUUUCGAAUUAAAGUUAGUCGCCGUUCAUUAACAAAGCCAGAAGGAGAAAGUUACUAGUUCUCGGGAUAUAGCCUGGCCUGGAGUCUGUUCGUCAGCAUGUCUGUCCAAUUUUGGAUACUCUGCAGCCUUCCAUAAUGAACGGCACUAAGAAUGGGACAGCGGUGGCCAACACCACUAACGGCCUGGACGACAGUGGAGCUGUGGUCCUGGAGUCUGUCUCUAUCAUCAUCAUAGCCAUGCUGGCAUGUCUGGGGAACCUGGUCAUUGUGGUGACACUGUAUAAGAAGCCCUACUUACUGACACCCAGCAACAAGUUUGUCUUCAGCCUGACCUUAUCCAAUUUGCUGCUUUCUGUACUAACUCUGCCCUUCGUUGCGUCCAGCGCAGUGCGCAGGGAUUGGAUGUUUGGGGUGGUGUGGUGCAACUUCACAGCAUUGCUCCAUCUACUCGUCAGCUCAUCUAGCAUGCUUACACUGGGGGCCAUAGCCAUUGACAGGUACUAUGCUGUGUUGUAUCCCAUGAACUACCCCAUGAAAAUCACGGGAAACCGAGCUGCGCUCGCCAUUGUUUACGUGUGGCUCCACUCCCUGGUCGGAUGUCUGCCGCCACUUUUCGGAUGGUCUUCGUUCGAGUUUGACCGUUUCAAGUGGACUUGCACAGUGGCUUGGCACAAAGAGAUCAGUUAUACUGCCUUCUGGGUUAUGUGGUGCUGCCUUCUCCCCUUGGUGGCAAUGCUGGUCUGCUAUGGAGUCAUCUUCCGUGUGGCCCGCAUCAAAGCGCGCAAGGUUUACUGCGGUAGUGUGGUGGUAGCUCAAGAAGAGUCCAGCUCUCAGAAGAACGGCCGCAAGAACUCCAAUACUUCCACCUCAUCUAGUGGUAGUCGCAAGAGCCUUAUCUACUCUGGGAGCCAGUGCAAGGCCUUUGUCACCAUUCUGGUAGUGCUGGGGACAUUUCUGACCACUUGGGGUCCGUAUGUGGUGGUGAUUAGCACUGAAGCAAUGUGGGGUCAAGACAGUGUUUCUCCACAGAUGGAGACAUUGGUCUCUUGGCUGUCCUUUACCAGUGCUGUGUGUCACCCACUUAUUUAUGGGCUGUGGAACAAGACCGUACGGAAAGAGCUGUUGGGCAUGUGCUUUGGCGAUCGCUAUUACAGAGAGUCUUUUGUUAUACGACAUAGGACCUCUCGCCUCUUUAGCAUCUCCAGCAGGUUAACGGAUCUGGGGAUGUCUCCUCACCUGACGGCCAUGCUAGUGGGCGGUGGGCAACUCCUGGGGCGUAGCAGCAGCACAGGAGACACUGGCUUCAGCUACACGCAAGACUCUGCUACAGACGUCAUGCUGUUGGACGGCUACACCUCAGAGCCCUCCCACUCAGCCCACUGUGCAGCCAAUAAGAGAAGUUCUGUCACAUUUGAGGACCAAGUGGAUCACAUCCCUAAAGGUGAUCCCUCAACGGUACAAGUGACAGCAGACAUCCACAAGUCUUUGGACAGCUUUGCAUCUUCUCUGGCUAGGGCUAUAGAGAAUGAUGCCAAGCUUCAACUCUUUGGGGAAUGUACUCAAAUACCCACCAGCCUGUUUACAGUAUGGAAUACACAGAGAGGUCCCCGAUAUUUGGAUGGACAGAGACUAAGGAUGGAAAGUAUCGAUGAAGGAAUUGUUAAAGAUGAUGAGGAGGAGGAGGAAGAGGCGCUUCAUGAAAAAAUAGUAGAUACUAUUAUGUAGUCCCUUGACUCAAUGACCCUAAUGGACCAGGCCAUUGCAUAAUCUGCAGCCUUGAAGGUACAGAACGUCAAUGAAAUGUUUACACCAUGUGGUUUGUGUAAUUAACAUACUAGGUAAAAUACUUGGGAGUAUUCACUGGUGUGAACAAAGACUUGCAAUGACUGUGAAGAGGAUGUACCUUUACAGUUUUUGCCAAUCUACAGUAUUUUACACAUUUCUCCAAACUCAAGUCACUGCUCUCAAAACAAUUAACACAGCAAUCUGAACACUUUGUAAUUGUCCUAAACAAACUGUACAUUUUCCUUGAUUUUCUCAAAACACUACACAAAGAUUUCUCUGAUCCAAGAUUUAUGCUUUCAAAACAGUUAACACAGACAACUAAAUUAAAGCCAUAUUCUCAAAUGCACAUCAGUUUGUCAAAUCCCUUUAUAUGGAUAUCUGCUGUGUUAGUAAUGCACACAGCAAAGGAAAUGCAAUUGACUAAAAUUUUCACACAACUAUCAUGACAUUGCUAUCUAUAAAAUGGGUCAAAUAUGAAAAUUAAAUAGGGAAGAAGAGGAAGAACAAGACAAAGAGGUGCAAACUGAGAAGAGGUAAAGUUGAAGGAAGAGGAAAUAGGAGGAAGAAAUGUUGAGGAAAUGGGAAGGUUUUCUCAACUCUUUCAGGAGUGAGCAUUGAAAGAGUUGAGGAAAGACCAAAUGGAGAUGGUGUAAUGAUGGUGAGCAGAGAGAAAGAGGACAGCAGGGUGGAAGAGUAAAGACACAGAAGAGGCUCAGAUGAUCUGAUAGUCCCUCUAAUUGAUCAUGUUAUGAAUCACAUUAAACUUCCUCAUCCUCUUUCCAGAGGAAAAGCUGUAAAAAAGAAAUAGAAAUUCAGAUAAAUUAGAAAAAAACACAUGGAAAAAGGUAUUUAUUGUGGAUUUUUAUGAUAAAAGUGUUAUUUCAAUGGUAGAGUUGUGUGUCUAUCACUUAAAAUGCUAUGUGUGCAUUGUUUUGAGAGCAUGAAUUAUAGUUUGGAGAAAUGUGUAAAAUCGAUCGAGAAAAACUGAAAUGGAAAGGUCAGGUACUAGCCUAACUGUCAUUCACCAGAUUAAGUUAUUUUUUGUAAAGUUACAAAGGAUGCUGUGAAAAUCAUGUAAGGACCUAAUAUAUUGUCAGUUAUCUUACCACUAUUGGGUGCUAUGUGUAUUAUGUUUACUCUUUUCUUACAAGGAAGCUGUAACCACUCCAUUUUAUAGCUGUGUAGUAAUUACAUACUGACUUAUGUAUGGAAUUAUUUUCCAAGAGAAAGGAGAUCCAUGUUAAAGGAUAUCCUCUCCAAUUUCAAGUUCAGGUUUAUUAAUAUAAAAGUGCCAUUAAGUUCAAGUUGAAGAAUGGCAUAAAAUGUAUACCAAAUGAUCUUGCGGAGGACUUUUUCCAGGCUAUGCUUAAAACAUUUGCUUUGUUAUUGAAUGGACCAUAGGAGAAUUAUGUACUGUAUGUAAAUGAUAAACCUGAAGUUAAUAAAAGCGAGAAAGCCCCUUAAAAAAAGGCACAUUAUUGUUAAAUAUCAAUAUUUUUCAGUGGAAAAGAUUACAACCAUAUGCCAAGUCUUUGGCUGAAUCUAGUAGUGUUGGAAAGCAAGGGCAAUAUGGUUGCUACACCUGCAGUGUCACAAUUUAAGUCAUUUUUGUACAAUGGUACGAUUGUAUUUCAAGAGUUUAUGUAAAGUUCAUCAGUGACUUCUCACGUGCUCUUACUACCUUGAUUUUAUUUUGUAUACUCUGAAAACACAGGAUCAUUUAAGGUGCUGUAAGUGAAUAUUUAUAUAUAAUAAUUUUUAUUUUGGGGGUGGUCUGCAGAAAAGCUUCCUACUCCCUAAAAGAUAUCCCUGAGAUAUCACACCGGUCUCUGUGACAGAUCUAGGCUCUAAACCACAAACAAAUUUGUCUGCGGGCU